ACAAGUUGCUUAAAGCAAGGAAUCUUUUACCAAACGUGAAAAUGUCGUUUAAUUUUAAUAAUAAACCUCUUUUCGGUAAUACACCAACUACUACGUCUUCUAAUUUUACUGGGUUUGGUAGUGGGUUUGGUAACUCAACAGGUACUUUUUAACUCCAUAAGAUUUGUAAUUUGUUCAACUUUAUUGCAAAAUGUCCUCACUACUGCAUUAUCGACCAGGUUUUAAUGUUGGUCCGAAUACUACAAGCCUCAAAAAAUUACCUACAGAUUUUGGAGCGAAAACAACAGCAGGCUUAACUUUUGGGACGGCAACAAACACCGGUACAUCCUCAGGUUUUGGAUUUGGAACGACAACUAACAGUACUGCAACAAAUUUGAGUAAACCUUCUUUUGGAAUGUUUGGUGCGACUCAAGCACAAGCAGCUCCGGGACAACAGCCUCAACAGGAUGAUGCUCAAGUAAUUCUGCAGGCUCAAGCCACAGCAAUCGCUGCUCCUCAAAUUUUUAAUGAUGAAAGAGAUGAGUUAAUUGCCAAGUGGAAUCAGAUGCAAGCAUUUUUUGGAACAGGAAAGGCUUUUUAUGGACCAGGUGGAGCAAAUAACAUUGAUUUUGGACCUGAUAAUCCCUGGUGUCGGUUUAAAGCUGUAAAUUACGCAAGAAUGAGCCAGUACUCUAACGCUGAUGGUUUAGUUGCCCUAACGUUUAAUAAAAAAGAAUCUGAUAUAAAGCAGCAUCAACAACAAAUUGUGGACUCUAUUCAUAAAAUAUUAGGAGGCAAUGCCGCCCACUCAGUGUGCGUCUCAAGUAUCAAGCCUCUUCCUUGCGAUAAGACCGAUAUGACAAUAUUUGUUCAAGAAAGAAAUCAAGCUGGUGAUUCGCGUAAAAUACCGGCAUCAGAGUUGAAUAAUUUUUUUCAACAGUCAAGUGCUAAGCAGCAACUAACUAAUCAAUUGUGUGUCUGCAAUAUUAUUGCCAAACGCCGUUGGAGUAAAAAUGAGUUGAAAGCUUACUUAGAAAAGCCAAUCGCUGGUUUGGAUCCUUUACUAUGGCAACAAGCAAAGUUAGACAAUCCUGAUCCAGAAAAUUUGAUACCUGUUCCUAUGAUUGGUUUCGGAGAACUAAGAAAUCGAAUGGAAUGUCAAGAGCAACAGGUUGAAGCUCACCGCCUUUGCCUUGAGGGUGUUAAACAAACGCUGGAAAACAUUCAAAAGGAGGACGUUGAAAUUGUUGCUAAAAUAGAGGAAUACAGACGAAAAUUAAACGAGUUCAAGCUAAGAAUUCUCCGAGUCAUAGUUGCUCAAGAGAUCUACAGGAAGCAAGGCUAUGCUGUUCAAGCAGAAGAAGAACAAUUAAAAAUAAAGCUUGAGCGUCUCCUAGCCCACCUUAACUCACCCACUCAAUUUAAAGGCCGAUUAAAUGAGCUUAUGUCUCAUAUAAGAAUGCAGCAAGAAUUAUCAAAUAGUCGAUCUGGACCAAAAUAUCAUUUAGACGCAACAAUGAGAGACGACAUAAGACAUCACCUUAAGCAGCAGCAGGAUGGACUCGAGCACUUAAGCAAGGUUAUUCGGGAUGAUACAGAGGACUUGAAAAAAAUUGAUUCUGCUUUUGAAGGUUCAAAAAAUGGAUAA